AUGGUAUUGACCUGGGCCAUGGACGCAUGCGACGAUGGCCAGUUUGGGCCUAUCGUCGCUACAGCGGCCUGUCGUGGGGGAUUCGACUUCACUGUAUUUUUUGAGUCAGAUAUCCUGAGCAUUGUUCCAGCCGCUUGCUUCCUCCUUCUGGCAUCUUUUCGGAUGCUUCAAUUGUUUAGACAGUCACGGAAGGUGCUCUCUCCCACACUUCGAGUGGUCACACUGAGUGUCUCUGUGACUUUUGCAGCUAUUCAGGUUGCAUUACUUGUGCUUGUUGCGACACAGCACCCCGUUGGAGGGCGCGCACUUCUUGCAAGUGCUGUUCUCGACCUAUUAGCGGCACUAGGCGUUAUACUACUUCUUGACCUAGAGCAUGUCCGCUCAAUUCGGCCAUCUUUUCUCGUCUCUGUGUAUCUGUUGGUCGCGCUGCUCCUUGAUCUUGUGCGUGUGCGCACCGCCUGGCUGCUACCGGAGAAUCAGGUCUACUCCGCCUUUCUUUCUACAUCUUUGGCCGUCAAGCUAGUUCUUUUGGUGCUAGCCAGUGUUGAAAAACAGAAAUGGCUUCUAUCAGCCGAGAAAUUUUACUCCACUGAAAGUGUGAGCGGGCCUUUCACCCGAGGCUUAUUUACCUGGCUGAAUGGGCUGCUGUGGAGAGGGCACUCCGCCUCACUGGCCGGGGAUGACCUCCCCGCCGUUCAUGAGAAGCUUUCGUCUUUGGAGUUGUCUGUCCGAUUCGCAAAUACAUGGUCCCACUGCGAUCAGACUGGACAAAAUGCGUUACUUUGGGCCGUGAUCAAGUGUCUGCGCUGGGAAAUGGCGGCGAUCGCCUUCCCGCGGCUUUGUGUUGUGGGAUUCAGUAUUGCGCAGCCAUUUCUCAUUGGGAAAGUGGUCAGCGUAUUACAUGGCCUUGAGCCUUCCUCACUAAACAUUGGCUAUGGCUUAAUUGGGGCCACUGCAAUUGUCUUUACCGGGAUUGCUAUUUCUAGAGCCUCCUAUGAGCACCUGGGAUAUCGAGCUGUGACAAUGAUCCGAGGCGGUCUGAUGAGUCUCGUCUUCCGGCAUAUGAUGGAUCUACCACUGGGGAGCACAGACGAAUCCAGUGCCAUGUCGCUUAUGGGCUCUGACAUAGAGAUGCUGGCCGAGUAUUUUUAUUCGGUCGUCUGUGAAACUUGGGCAAAUAUCCUUCAGUUAGCACUGGCUACAUGGUUGCUAGAAACCCAGGUCGGUGCGGUCUGCAUCGCUCCAAUUUUGGUAGUGAUAGUAUUCACGGCUUCGUCCUUCGCUAUGGGCAAUGCAGUUUCCACUCGGCAAAAAGAAUGGCUUCGGGCCACCGAGAAGCGGAUCAACUUCACAACUUCCAUCCUGGGUUCCAUUCGCAACGUCAAGUUUCUCGGCUUAGCCGAGAUAAUGGGUUCCAAGAUCGAAGCAUUGCGCGUGGAGGAGCUUGAAGUCUCCAAGAAGUACCGCCGGAUCCAGUCAAUUCGUGUCUGCAUGAUAAACUCCCCUAUAAUCAUCGGUCAGCUUGCGACACUGGCUGCCUAUGCGAUAGUAGCAUUGCUGCAGGACUCUGGGGGCCUUGCCGUCAACCAAGCCAUUACCUCGUUGUCGCUUAUUAGCUUGAUGAUCACACCACUGAGCUACCUCUUGUUGGCGAUUCCAGACACAUUUGCUUCAAUAGGUUGCCUGCAAAGAAUCCAGGACUUUCUUAAGAACCAGAAUCGCUUUGAGAAGAGACAGCUUCCUGAGUCCUUGUCGACUCAAUCCAUAUCAUUCAGCAACAUCUCUGGUAUUGAACUGCCCCCGCUCUUACAGCAUCCACACAGGGAGAAAGAUGUGGUCUUAUCUCUACAAAAUGUCAGAUUUGGCUGGAAAUCUCCCUCUGUACCAGAGACAAAUGGUAUCACACUUACACUGAAGGAUGCCCCUUCUGGUAAUCUUGUCAUCCUUGUCGGUCCAGUCGGCUGCGGUAAGUCUACCUUCCUUAAGGGUCUCGCAGGUGAGACGCCCUUGUUGGAAGGGGAGCUCUUCGUGAGGUACCCAGACUUGGCCUUCUGUGAAGAGACACCAUGGCUAUCCAAUUCUUCAAUACGGAGUAAUAUAGUUGGUCAAGAUUCAUCGCCUACUUUUGAUCCUGACUGGUAUCGCACUGUUCUAAGCGCAUGUGCACUGGAUUUGGAUCUUAAGAAGAUGCCAGCAGGCGACGAGACACUCGUCGGCAGUAAAGGCUCUAAGCUGAGUGGAGGUCAGAGACAAAGAAUCGCUAUCGCACGAGCGGUCUAUGCUCGCAGACGUAUUGCUUGCUUUGACGACGUUCUAAGUGGCUUGGACAAUUCCACAGCCCGAACUGUAUUUAACAACGUUUUUGGCUCGGCUGGGCUCCUGCGUCAGUUGCGGAGUACUGUAUUCUUGGCUACCCACAGCACCUAUUGUUUACCCCAGGCUGACUUGAUCAUGGUUCUCGGGGAAAAUGGACAGGUGACCAAACAAGGCAGCUAUGCCCAAAUUCGAGACGACAUUGAUGGCUUCAUUCAUGUGAAUGAUGCUCAACCCACACAGGCAUAUGAGCCGGAAGAAGGCGACAAGCCAACAGAUCUGCCUCCGACUCCCACCUCAGAUAAUUCUAAUGCUUGUUCUUCCCAAGAUGGCAGUCGACAGACAACUGAGCUGGCCGUAUACAAGUAUUAUUUUUCUGCGCUGGGUUGGUCACGAAUUGCUGCGUUGCUUCUCUUCCUCAUUACAGAAGCCGGUAUGAGCGGAUUCCGCUAUGUAUGGGUCAGCCUUUGGUCCUCCAGCAGUGACCGUACUUCGCGCCUAGGCUACUGGCUUGGACUGUAUGGAGCAUUCUCUGUAGUCCAAGCCCUUGCGCUUGUACUUGCCGUAUUCUGGACAUGGGUCAUUAUUGUCCCAUUUGCCUCCAGGAACCUUCACACAACCGUGCUACGCACUUGCAUGGGUGCCCCCUUGUCCUUUUUGUCAAACCUCGAGACUGGAGUUCUAGUGACCCGUUUCAGUCAGGACAUGAGGCUAGUUGACAUGAUCCUGCCUCGAGGUUUCAUAUCUACUGGGUUCCAGUUUUUCGGAGCUAUUGCCCAAGGCGCCACUGCCAUAGCCUCAUUACCCUAUUUGGCUGCGGCUUUGCCUCUUCUCUUUGGAAUUUUGUAUCUGAUCCAGAGGUUUUAUCUUAAGACGUCCCGUCAGCUGCGGCUGCUAGAAAUUGAGCUUAAGAGCCCUCUUUACACCCAUUUUAUCGAGUCACUGGCAGGAGUCACCACUAUUCGCGCCUUUGCCUGGACUCAUGCUACGACAAACCGAAUGCUUUCUUUGCUAGACACCGCCCAAAAACCCUACUACCUUCUCCUGUGUAUCCAGCGCUGGCUUAGUCUCGUGCUCAAUCUGAUUGUGGCCAGCAUAGCAGUCCUUCUUGUCGGAGCGUCUGUCGCUCUUCGCUCACGUCUGGACCCAGGUCUUCUGGGAAUUGCCCUUGUGAUGAUGAUGGAUCUGGGACUCAUUCUAUCAGAGCUUAUUUCAAACUGGACGUUGUUUGAAACAUCACUGGGGGCCAUUUCACGCAUCAAAGACUUUGCCGAGAAAACUCCUCUUGAAGAGAGUAACGUGGCCAUUCUGACUAAUGAUUGCCUCUCUGAAUGGCCCAUGAGCGGUGCGCUUGAAUUUGUAGACGCAGGGAUUGCUUGGGAUAUUAGUGAGAGGAAGCCUUUACUCAACGGCAUUAACCUUCGAAUUGCAGCCGGACAGAAGUUCGGUCUGUGUGGCAGAACCGGAAGUGGCAAGAGUACAUUGGCACUAUCCCUCCUCCGUCUCAACGAGCUUGUAUCCGGCCAAAUUCUCAUCGACGGACAAGAUAUCUCCUUGAUGACCCGAUCAUCAAUCCGACAACGUAUUAGCUGUCUCAGCCAAGAACCUUUCAUUUUCCCCGGUACCGUCAGGGAAAAUGCCGAUCCACUGGGCAAAGUUUCGAACACGCAGAUUGUUGAUGCCCUGCAGUCCGUGGGGGUUUGGAACGUCCUUGCGGCAAGCCACAGUAGCCCCGACGAAGAGGUGCUGGAUUCAAGACUAGAUGAAAGCAUUCUAUCCCAGGGUCAAAAGCAGCUUUUCUGUCUGGCCAGAGCUCUGCUGAAGAGGAGCAAAAUCUUGAUUUUGGAUGAGCCAACGAGCAGCCUGGACCCUGAAACGGAUGCCAAAGUGCAGAAUGUCAUACGGGAGUUGUUCAGUGGCUGCACGAUCAUCAUGGUGGCGCAUAGAAUCCACACAUUGCUCGACUUCGAUCAAGUUGCUGUUCUGAACAGUGGUCAGAUCGUGGAGGUGGGACAUCCUCGUGAUUUACUCAAUAAUCCCAAUGGGGAAUUUUCGAAGCUGUUGAAUCUCGAGUCGUGA